AUGGCCAACAAGACCUCGCCGGCCGUGAGCUCAAAGGCCACCGGCUCGCCCGUUGCCUCCACCUCCGCCUCGUCCAUCGCCUCGUCCGACGGCAACUUCGCCCUCCCUCCGCCGCAGCAUGCCACUCUUGCGCCGCCGCCAGCCAACGGCUCGCAAGCCGUCGCCGCUGCAGCUGCCGGCGCCACAAGGCCCAACCUGCCCGCGAAGAAGCCCACCAUGAGCUCGAGGAUAAGCGGCAUCUUCGGUCGCCGCGAGGAUUCCCGGGACAGCUCCAGGGUCAACCUGGCGUCCGAGAAAAUCCCCGAAAAAGUAGCUGAAGCCAAGGUGGCGAAUGGCGACGGCCCGACCAGCUCACCCAAGCCAGAGCCGCGCCGUACGGCCUCCCUGAAUGACAAGAAGCCCCCCAGCGUGGUGGAUCGCUCCAAGAGCAAUUCUGAGAAGAAGAAGGAACAGCAGGCAGCCGCCAACAUCUCGAAGCGUUUCAAGCACCUCGACGAUGGCGGCCACGAGCAUCAACUCCGAGUCCAAAGGCGUGAAGAGAAGCUCAAGGAUAUGUUCCAGAACUUGAUGCUUGGAAAGAAGAAAGAAGCGAACCCUGAGGAGCAGCCUCUGAGUCUGAUGUCGGGGUGGGUCGACCAGCUGCGCAACGACAAAGAGAAAUUCAACAUAGACCACAAGGCCGGUGCUAGCUCUUCCAUGACGCUGGUGCAAAAAUACGGAAAGUGUCAGGAAAUCAUCGGACGCGGCGCGUUCGGUAUUGUCAAGAUAGCCCAUAAGCAAGACUCGAGGGACCCCAAGCGCGAGCAGCUGUUUGCCGUCAAAGAAUUCAAGCAGCGCCCCGGUGAAUCUGACAAGAAGUACAACAAGCGCCUGACCUCCGAGUUCUGCAUUUCCUCUUCCAUGCAUCACCCGAACAUCAUCAACACACUCGAUCUCAUCCAGGACGAGAAGGGUGAGUUCUGUGAGGUCAUGGAAUAUUGCGCCGGUGGAGACCUUUACACUCUCAUCCUUGCGGCCGGCCAGCUCGAGGUUGUGGAAGCCGACUGCUUCUUCAAGCAACUCAUGCGCGGCGUUGACUAUCUUCACGGCAUGGGUGUCGCCCACCGUGACCUGAAACCCGAGAACCUUCUUCUCACUUCUCACGGAGCCAUCAAAAUCACCGACUUCGGUAACGGCGAGUGUUUCCGCAUGGCCUGGGAAGAGGAAGCUCACAUGACCGCGGGCAUCUGCGGUUCGGCGCCCUAUAUCGCACCAGAGGAAUACGUGGACGAAGAAUUUGAUCCCCGCGCUGUUGACGUCUGGGCUUGUGGCGUCAUUUACAUGGCCAUGAGAACAGGGCGUCACCUUUGGCGAGUCGCGAAGAAGGGCGAGGAUGAAUUCUACACCAAAUACCUCGAAGACCGCAAGGAGGAGUCAGGUUAUAGGCCUAUCGAGGUGCUCCGUCGUCGUCAAUGUCGCAACGUCAUAUAUUCAAUUCUCGACCCCAAUCCCAACCGCCGCUUGACCGCAGAAGAGGUCAACCGGUCGGAAUGGGUUGACCAAAUACGUCUCUGCAGGGCCGGAGACGAAGGAUUCUAA